AAAGCGAACAGCUGCAGGUCCGUGAAAUGACUCUCCCUUCAAAAUAAAAGCCCUCUUGUAAACUAUUAUUAUUUAAACAAAAUUAAUUCGUUUUAGAACUGAUUACAGCAGCACAAAGAAAAGCUCAGAUCAGCUCUGGCCUCUGAGGUGGACAUCCCCGUGGUUUCCCAGAUUACACCAUCUGUCAUGGAAGAAGAAGGACCAGGGAAUCCCCUCAUAGAAGAUCCACACACCCAAAUAGAAGCGGAGGUGGCCAAACCAGACAUCUGCAAGUUCUUCCUGAGGGGUCGCUGUCACUUUGGAGAGAGGUGUCGACUGUCCCACAGUUUACCUGAACCUGAACCAGAACCGGAACCAGAGGAGGAGAGAGGCAGCAAAAACCGCAAGACCAGGAAAAAGUCUGUAAAAGCAGAAAAGGCCAGAGAUGAGCCGCCGGAGCCCGAGAAGAAGCCCCGCAUGCGCACGGCUGAUGAUGUCAUUUCCCGGAUCCUGUGGGACUCCUCGGUGGAUCCGACGGACUUUGUGGUGGGACACCUGGACCGUUUUCUUGGGGUUCUGGAGCGCCCCUUUGCUGACUUCUCCUGGGACACUCAGGUGUGUGACUCGGAUUACUCAGAGGAGAUGACCAUCCCUCAGCACAGGAUCAUGUACUUCAGCUAUAAAGGGCAGCAUGUUUGGGACCGAGACAGCCGCACUGACCGGGUAUUCGGAUCCACAGGGCAGACGGUGCUGCCCCCUUUUGAUCGGGAGGAUCAAUCUCAAGAGGACGCUCCCUCUGAUACGAGACGGGAAGGUGAAAAGUCACGGGCUGAGAGGAGUGAGCUGGAGGAUUCUGUGGAUAAUCUCAGUGAUCCCGAAGACAACGCGGACUGUGCUGCAAACGGACUAAAGGACGAGGAGUCUGCAGAUGCUAGUCUAACCCGUCGGGCAGAGGGCCUGUCCUUGUCUCCGAAAAACAAACAGAUUGCUCCAGAGGAAGACGGCAAAGACAUCUGCGCGGAAGAGGAUCAUGAAACACCGCCUGUACCAUCUGUGCUUCAAGAACCUCGGCCCGGACGGCAGCCUCGCAAGCCUACGCACUUUAUCUGCUUCCGCGUGGACUCCCCCGCCGCUCUGUUAGCUUUCCAGCGUGUCCAGAGGAAGAUUCUGACCCACCUGCCCCAGUCUGAGGAAUUCUGGGUCAACCCCUCCACCUUGCACGUCACCCUCUCUCUCCUGGUUCUCCAGGGCCCGGCUGAGGUUCAGGCUGCGGCCGAAAUCCUGCGCUCUGUGGUCGGGAGCAUCUACAAACCUCCCAUCACCGUCUUCUUCCCGCCCAAACUGAAGCACUUCAACGGACGAGUCCUGUUCAUCCCACCGCGGCCUAUCCCGGACAUCCAAAGCCUGAACACCCCCCUCCAGGAAGCCUACAAAGAGAAAGGCUGGCUCCACCGGCACUCCAAGUGUCCCAACUACCACGUCACGCUGGCCAAAGUAGAGCCCAAGGCGGAGGGAGAGGAGGCGGAGAAGAUGUUUGAAGACGUGGGGGUCAUCAAACUGGCUAAAGACAUUAACUUUGGCAAGCUGGAGGUCAACAAACUCUACCUGUGCGUCAACGGCUCGACAAAAACCGAGAGCGGCUUUUACCAGGUCGUAUGUGCCGUCCCGCUGCCUACUGUGUAAAAACACUGCACAUCCUCAGGGCUUCGCUGUGGCUUGAUUGAUUAACUGUGUGGGUUGGGGUACAGGGCAGUGCUCACCACCCCCAACUUUCACCAGGACAAAAUCAUCUAGGAUGUCCUCUAUCACCACCUUAGUUCCAUCAAUAUCUGAGAUUUUCACACAGACGUGCCUUUGGACAUGUAAUGAAAUGGACCCCCAGUCAAUUAAAAAAAAAAAAAAAAAAAGAAACACGGCCAUAUAAUAUUGUAAAAGCUUUUUAUACGUGUUUUUGCUGCACCUGAUGACCCAUAAUGAGAUUUAAAGUUUUUAAAGUUUGACCACUAGCCUCUAAAAGGCACCUAUUUUUUUUUUUUUUUUUUUUUGAGGGAUUAUACAGUGGCUUGCAAGAGUUUGUCACCAUUUGUCACCUUGCAACCACAAGCUAAAUGUACUUUAUUGAGAUUUUAAGUAAUUAGACCAACACAAAGUAGCACAUAAUGGUGAAGUGGAACGAAAAUGAUACGAUUUUUUUUUUUUUUUUUUUUAAGUGUGACAUGCCCCUUUUACUCUGAAAUGCCUAAAUAAAUUAAAUCUAGUGCAAUCAACUGCAAUCAGAAGUCACUUAAUUAGCUGUUCUGUGAAGGCCUAAGUGGUUUGUUAGAGAACACUAGUGAACAAACAGCAUCAUAAAGACCAAGUAACUCACCAGACAGGUCAGAGAUAAAGUUGUGGAGUUUGAGUUUAAAGCAGGGAUAGGUUAUAAAAACAUAUCCCAAGCUCUGAUCUUCCCAAGGAGCACUGUUUAAUCCAUCAUCCAAAAAUGAAAAAAUGCACUCCAACAGCAAACUUACCAUGGUCACUCUGGAGGAGCUGCAGAAAUUCACAGCUCAGGUGGGAGAAUCUGUCCACAGGAUGACUACAAGUCGUCCACUCCACAAAUCUGGACUUUACAUUAGAGUGGCAAGAAGAAAACCAUUGUUAAAAGAAAGAAAUGCCAUUUGCAGUUUGCCACAAGCCAAGUAGGGACACAGCAAACAUGUGGAAGAAAGUGCUUUGGUCAGAUGAGACCAAAGUUGACCUUUUUGGCCUAAAUGCAAAGCACUAUGUUUAGUGGAAAGUAACACUGCUCUGCAUCCAACCUGACUGAUCUGGAGCUAUUUUACAAAGACGAAUGGGCAAAAAAAAGAUGUCUCUUGAUGGGCAAAGCUAGCAAUUGCAGUGAAGGUGUGCACUACUGGGUCACACUUUCAGACUUCUCAGUUUGUUAUUUGAUUAAAAUUUUGAAAACCAUCCAUAAUUUUUAUUCCACUUCACAUUUAUGUGCUAAUUUGUGUUUGUCCAUGACUUAAAAUUUAAAUAAAACACAUUUAAGUUUGUGGUAAAACACAUUUAAGUUCAAGGGGUAUGAAUACUUUUGCAAGCCACUGUAUCCAGGGCAAUAUUACCUAAAUGGUACUGAAUAACGUGUAAAUGAAGGUGAGAAACAUACUAGCAAAGCUGCUGUAAGCAGUUGACUGAUUGUAUAUUACAAAACACGUAAAUUAUUUCUGUCUGGAUUCAGUCAGUUUUAUGUAUUUAAUAAUCACUGUCGACAAACAAGCAAUGCUGAGUAGUUUUAGUAUUUAGACCUAAAUAAAUUAGAAUCUCCUAAUGUUUAUUUUAAUCAUAUCUUUAUAUCUAGUUACUAGGGGUGUCACGAUUCUCUAAAUCCUCGAUUCGAUUUUAUUUCUGAAUUUUUUAGGGUCACGAUUCGAUUCUUGAUGUUCUUUUUUCUUUUUUACAGCAGAGAGGUCUAUGCCAGUUUUAGAUUAGUCUAUGGUCAGUCAUUGGUUUGAUUUAUCAAAUGUACAAUAUCUUAUUUCAAAAGGUGGGCUUGAUAUAAGUGAUGCAAAGUGAUACAAGUGAUCUGUAAUACACCACAUUAGGCACUAAUGGUCAAAUUUAAAUAAUUUAACUAAGAUAUAUAUGUAAUGCCAUCUAGUGGCUUUUUUGGUAGCAGCAGUGUGCACUAUUAAAACAGCAAUGUGCAACAUAACAAAAUAAAAAAUAAAAAAAUACAGGAACAGUCAUGUACAAAAUAAUAGAACAAUUAGAGCCUUAACAAACUGAACUCUAUCCUACUAUAACAGUUAAACAUGAAAAAUAAGACUUUAAGACUAUUUCGGUCUCUGAGAAUGACAAGAUUUUUUCUUUAAUAAAGAUAUAUUAUUAACUUUAUCUGAGAGAAAGAUGCUCUUUAAGGUACCAAAAUUAUUAACAUAUUUGAGGCUAGACUAAACAACUGUUAUUUUUAUAUUUUAAAGUUUUUCUUUAAGAAGAUGAGAAUGUCCACAUUCUCUGGAGAAAGAGCUGCUCUUUGAGCAGUCACAAUGUCCGCGGCGUCGGCUACAGUGUGCUGCGCCAUUUGUGUAGCUUAGAGGGAGGGAUCGUCGAUCCUCUUUUUGACUUUGAGGCUCGAGACCAUGACAUAAUUUUGAUCGAUUUCGAUGAAAUAUCAAAAUCGUGACACCCCUACUAGUUACAUACACCACAUAAUGCUGGUAACUAUGUACAGCAGUUAAUGUAAGAAGGAUGGUGCCAUUGUUUGCUGUAUGAAAGUAAAAUCCUUACAAUGAUAAAUGUGUAAGAGGGCUAAAAUACUGAAGUGUAAUUUUAUGAGGAUGUAUCUGAUGUACUGUAUAUGGUUCGGUUUUAAUGUACUCCGUCCUGCUCCAUGCAGUCAGGAAAUAACUGGUCCGAAUAGACUGGGCAUGAAUUAAUAACGCGCUGUGUAUUUUAAAUGUUUUUAUGGUCAAAGUGCUGAAUUAUUCACCAGUGACCAAACUAUUCAGAACACAGCAGCUCUUGGAAGCAGUCAGACAUGUGACUGACUUUGAAAAUAAAUUUGCAAAUAAUUGAA